GACGCGCCGCAGCCUCCGGCCAGGGACGCGCUCGGGCUGCCAGGCGGGGGCGGCUCCGCGCUGAGCGAAGGGGCCGGGAAGCGCCUGGGGGAGUCGCCGGCGCCGCGCUGCCACCAUUAGCCGGGCGGCGAGAGGAGGAGCCCGGGGAGCCGCCGCCGCGCCGCGAUGGAGCAAUUAUCAGAUGAAGAACUUGAUCAUGGUGCAGAAGAAGAUAGUGAUAAGGAAGACCAAGAUCUGGACAAGAUGUUUGGACAAUGGCUUGGGGAGCUGGACAAACUCACACAGAGUUUGGAUACAGACAAGCCCAUGGAGCCAGUAAAGAAAUCCCCUCUUCGCCAAGAAACCAAUAUUGCCAAUUUCUCCUAUCGCUUCUCCAUGUACAAUUUGAAUGAAGCCCUGAAUCAGGGGGAGACUGUGGAUCUGGAUGCCCUCAUGGCUGAUCUUUGUUCCAUAGAGCAGGAGCUCAGCAGCAUUGGGUCACAAUCAGCAAACAGUGCUGCAAUGAAGCGUCUAGCCACAGAAACAAAAGUAGCUCAGAAACCACCUGCUGCUCGACUUUCCUCUAAACACAGCAGUAUAAAAGGAUCGUCCUCUUCAUCUGGUAGGGUAACUAAGCCUUCAAAUGCCAACUUUUCCUUGGAGGACAUUACUGCCCAGUUAGAGAAGGCUUCUUUGAGCAUGGAUGAAGCAGCCCAGCAAUCUGUAAUGGAAGAUGCUAAACCUGUAGUUACUGCUCAGCACAGAAGGACAGCAUCAGCUGGCACAGUGAGUGAUGCUGAAGCGCGCUCUAUCAGUAACUCAUCUCGUUCCAGCAUAACCUCUGCAGCAUCCAGCAUGGACUCCUUGGAUAUUGAUAAAAUGACAAGACCUCAGGAACUGGAUUUGACACAGCAAGGGCAACCCAUUACUGAGCAUAAUGUUUCUGUGGGACAUCCCAUCAAGCAGUCCAAGUGUCACAUUGACUUCACAGAAGAGGAGGCUGAGCUGACUCCUCACUCCUAUCUGGACAGGGAAACAUCCCUUCUUCUGAGAAACAUUGCAGGAAAGCCUUCUCAUUUGCUGACCAAGGAAGAGCAGGCUGCUAAACUGAAAGCGGAGAAGAUCAGGGUUGCUUUGGAAAAGAUUAAAGAGGCACAAGUGAAAAAGCUGGUAAUCAGAGUUCACAUGUCUGAUGAUAGCUCCAAAACUAUGAUGGUGGAUGAGAGACAGACAGUAAGACAAGUACUGGACAAUCUGAUGGACAAAUCCCACUGUGGCUACAGUUUAGACUGGUCACUGGUAGAAACCAUAUCUGAAUUACAAAUGGAAAGAAUCUUCGAGGACCAUGAAAAUUUAGUUGAAAAUCUUCUAAACUGGACCAGAGACAGUCAAAACAAACUUAUAUUUGUGGAACGUAUAGAAAAAUAUGCACUUUUCAAAAAUCCCCAGAACUAUCUGCUGGGGAAAAAAGAAACCUCUGAGAUGGCAGACAGAAAUAAAGAAGUGCUGCUGGAGGAAUGUUUUUGUGGAAGUUCUGUAACAGUACCAGAAAUAGAGGGAGUCCUGUGGCUGAAAGAUGAUGGCAAGAAGUCUUGGAAGAAGCGUUAUUUUCUUUUGCGAGCUUCUGGAAUCUACUAUGUCCCUAAAGGAAAAGCAAAGGUCUCACGAGAUCUGGUAUGCUUUCUUCAGCUAGAUCAUGUCAAUGUUUACUAUGGACAGGACUAUCGGAACAAGUACAAAGCACCUACAGAUUACUGUUUAGUGCUGAAGCACCCUCAGAUUCAGAAAAAGUCUCAGUAUAUCAAAUAUCUCUGCUGUGAUGAUGUGAGAACUCUACACCAGUGGAUAAAUGGCAUCCGUAUUGCUAAGUAUGGGAAGCAACUGUAUGUGAACUAUCAGGAAGCACUGAAGAGGACAGAGUCAGCAUAUGACUGGACUUCCUUGUCAAGCUCCAGUAUCAAGUCAGGAUCCAGCUCUUCCAGUUUACCAGAGUCUCAGUCAAAUCACUCUAAUCAAUCUGACAGUGGAGUUUCUGACACCCAACCAACUGGCCAUGUCCGUUCCCAAAGUAUUGUCAGCUCUAUCUUCUCUGAGGCCUGGAAGCGAGGCACUCAGCUGGAAGAGUCCAGCAAGGCCAAAAUGGAGUCUGUGAGCCGACCCUUCACUUCGCUUGCACCUGCCAUGUCCCCGCAAAUUAAAGCGGCUACCCCAUACACAGCUUCUCAGCCAUCGCCUCCCCUUCCACCACCCCCACCGCCGCCACCCCCACCUCCGCCACCCCCUCCUCCGCCACCACCUCCGCCUCUUCCCAGCCAGUCUACGCCUUCGACCGGCUCAGCGGCCCCCCUGUUUGUCAAGUACAGCACGAUCACGAGGCUGCAGAAUGCCUCCCAGCAUGCUGGGCCUCUCUUUAAACCUCCCCCCGUCACCCAGCAAAUGCCCCCAGUGCUGGGAAAGCUGCCCAUGCUGGUGGCUCCCCCUCCUCCCCCACCACCUCCUCCACCUACCCCCGGAUCAGCUAUGGCACAGCUGAAACCAGCCCCCUGCACCCCGUCAGUGCCACCGUUCACCCCCCCACCACCCCCUCUCAAAAUCCAUCAGGUUCCACAGAACGUUACUCCAGCAGCUGCAUCAUCACCCCCCUCUCCCUCCCCUGUGCCUGCAGCGCCUCCCCCUCCAGCCCCUCCUAAACCCCUCCUACCUGUCCCCACGCAGGCGAGUGCAAAGGCAGCAUCGCCCAUCGUGACCCACAUCCCGCCACCCGGGCCCGUUCCCCCUCCUCCUGCAAUAAAAAAGCAGCCAAAUUUCACAGCUUCCCAAGUUCCUCCACCAGCACCUGUUCCUCCAGGGCCUACUCCCCCACCCACCUUACCAAAACAGCAGAGUUUCUCUGUUAAACCUCCCCCAUCCCCUCAGUCUCCUGUGCCAUCUGUUGUGAAGCAGAUAGCCAGUCAGUUUCCACCUCCCCCGACCCCUCCAGCCACAGAGCCUCAGCCUUUAAAGCCUGUCCCAGUAAGUGGGGCGCCACAGUCUCCCCCAGCAGUGAAAGCAAAGCCCAAGUGGCAGCCCACCUCUGCUCCAUCUCCUGAUUUUCCUCCUCCUCCACCUGAGAGCAGCUUAGUGUUUCCUCCCCCACCUUCCCCAGCUCCCCCUGCAGCUUCUCCUACCCUGGACAAGGCGGGAUCUCCAGUCAAAAAGGCCAGCAAGACCUCAAGUCCUGGAGGGAAGAAACCACCUCCAACACCUCAACGAAACUCCAGCAUCAAAUCCAGCAGCUCUGCUGAGUACCAUGAAUCUAAGAGACCUUCGGUGGACAGCCUUGUCAGCAAAUUUGCACAUCCACCAGAGCCUUCAGGAUCUCCUUCCAAGGAACCUCCACCUCCUCCUGCAGCUCCUCCAAAGCCAGGAAAGCUAAAUCUUUCUGGGGUGAAUCUGCCUAUAGUUCUUCAGCAAGGAGGUAUUUCAGCAAAGGUACCUGCGGUAGGAGUGUCUGGGAAGGAUCCCAUGGUAGAAUUUCCUUCUCCUCCAUCCGAUUCAGACUUUCCGCCACCUCCACCAGAAAUAGAUCUGCCUUUACCACCAGUAGAGAUCCCAUCUGUAUUUUCAGGUAGCACCUCUCCAAAAGUUGCUGUUGUUAAUCCCCAGCCUCAGCCCUGGUCUAAAUCAUCAGUGAAAAAAGCCCCUCCGCCCACACGUCCCAAGCGGAAUGACAGCACCCGGCUUACGCAGGCAGAAAUCAUGGAAUCACAGGGGCCAGUCAGUCCACAAGUGCCCACCUCGCCCAAGUCCAGCCUUAGUGUUCAGCCUGGCUUCCUGGCAGACCUAAACAGGACUCUGCAGCGGAAGUCCAUCACUCGGCAUGGCUCCCUCUCUUCUUCCCGUGUGUCCAGAACAGAGCCGACUGCCACGAUGGAUGACAUGGCAUUGCCUCCACCCCCACCGGAACUGCUUGCGGACCAGCAAAAGACUGGCAGCUAUGGAGGCAGUCAUAUAUCAGGCUAUGCAACGUUGCGGAGGGGGCCACCGCCUGCUCCCCCCAAAAGGGAUCAGAACACCAAGCUGUCUAGGGACUGGUAA